UCGAAACUUGCAAACUUCCUACGGAGCGAUGCAGCGCUACACGAAGGAGUCGGUCUUGGCCAAGGCUUUGUAUGGCGAGGUCCUCCUGGCAGUGGACAAUGUGACGGGUAUGAAGGUGGCUAUCAAGCGCAUGAACCUGGAUGCGGCCACGAGCCGAACGUCGAUCCAUGGCAUCCCCAUCGCCGAAGACAUUGACAUGGAGAAACAAGUGAAUCGUGCCGUGUCGAACGGCAAAGACGGAUGCCAUCCCCACAUCAUGCGCAUGCUCCGCGACUUUGAAGAAGACGGCAUGGGCCACUUUGUGUUUGAGUUCUGCGCCGGCGGCGAACUCUUUGAACAGACCCUCCCCAUGGACACGAUGACCGUGGCCAAGGUGUUCCGACAGGUCGUGAAUGCCGUUCACUUCAUCCACAGCCGCGGCUACGUCCAUCGCGACAUCUCCCUCGAAAACGUCCUUCUCGAUGCUAACGGACACGCCAAGCUGUGCGACUUUGGCUUGGCGACAACCAUCGACGAACGAUCGACGCAUAUCGUCGGGAAAGCGUUCUACAUGGCGCCGGAAAUGUACUUGCGUCACGGAUACAUGCCGGCGCCGGUCGACGUGUGGGCCCUGGGCAUCAUGAUGCUGAUUUUGCUCACCGGCGCGCCGCCCUUCGCGCGCGCCAACGACUCAGACACGGUCUUCCUCUACGUCAAGCAACAUGGCAUCACGUCUGUGCUCCGAGCUUGGAAAGUGCUGCACUUGAUCCCGCUGCCGGCGCUGGACUUGCUUGAGAAGAUGCUCGCCGUGGACCCCGCCAAGCGCGCAACAAUGCAUGACGUCAUGCAUCAUCCGUUCCUAAGGGAAGACCUCCAUCUCGUGUCCUUGCGCGGCAGGAAACGCAUGAUCGUGCGCAAGUGGCUGGCCAAGAUGCGCCGUCGUCUGCAUCACAUGCUCCGAAAUGUGCUGCCGUCAAUGAAGAAUGCGCCCGGGGUUGUCGGGUUAUAACUGGAAAAGUGUUAGAUCUGUUAGAAUAAACAACUGCAUGUGAAAUAUUAUAAUAAAUGAACCACCUUGA